AUUCCUAGUGCGAUUGAAUGAAGCUGCCAAGAAUCUUCUCCCCUUGUUUUUGGACCCCGUGACAUCACUCUCUUCCUAACGCCACUUACGUUGUCAUACCCAAUCUGAUAUAUAUUUCUUGAUUUACCUUGGACUGAGUACCUGUCAACCUCUCUCUUCUUUUAAUCUUGAAAUAAAAAUAAAUUUAGUUUAUUUUAAUAAGAGUCGUAACUUGUCUCUGCGAAGACCUCUAUCUUUGAGCCUAAAGUUCAUUACCUUCAGUUCAUUACUUUCAUAAUGGAUUUCAUCAAUAAGAUCGCAGGUAGCAAGGGCGAAAACGAUGAGAAAACCCCGGAGAAUGGGCAGCAGAAGUCCAACACCGGUUUCAUGGACAAGCUCAACUCCGUAGCCGGUGGUGGUAAAGACAGCGAAAAGAGUGAAGACGCCCUCGAUAAAGGAAUUGAUUGGGUACAACAGCACGUACUAGGUCAAGGAGACCAGAGUAACGAGAGUGCUGUUGAGCAAGCCAAGGAUGAGCAGAUCUCCGACUAUAUUCGUGACCAGUACAAGAAGACAACGGGCUCAGACAUCCCAAUCAAAGACAAGGAACGCUUUUAAACGUCUUGUACAUUGUAAGCCACGAGCACAUAGCUGUACGUAGCACUAGCAUGUAUUCGAGAUCUAUGCAAGGGUAAAGAGGUCAGAUUAAGAAAGCUACACGGAGUACUAAGUGUGUAUGAUCAACUUAUUACAACUCUAGUU